AUCUUCAACCCUUCCGUCUCCAUCUCUGCAAAUGUUCCGUCUUCUUCUGCCAUGCCCCCCCAAAUCCAUCGCUUCUCUUCUCUACUCACCUUGCCAGGAGAAGGAGGAGACGUGCACGUUUCUGUAUGAUUCGGUUGGUUUCUGAAUGAUCGCUCAUUUGACUCAGUUUUUGUCCAAUCCCUCUUCUCUCUCUGUAAAACCCCUGUUCAGAUUGUGAAUAUUCACGUCUGUCCUGUAUGUAUUGUUUUUGUGCAAUCUUCUUGUGCUGUAGAUAUUCGUUGUUUCGAUUGUAGUCUGAAGGUUUUGGGAUUGGUUAUCUAUGGAGAGAUCAAGCUCUGAUGCUGCAAAUAUGGAAUCAUCUUCGCCUUCGUCAACAAGCAAUGGAGGUGGAGCUGGCUCGGGAAACGUCCAUUUCUCUUCUCUGCGGUUCUUACAAUCUCCUGUGUCGUCUCUACUGGAGUAUUCUGGUAUCCUAAGGGUUCGACCAGAUUACACUUACUCGGAAGCGCAGCCGUUGGUACACGGUAACACGAGCGUUGCCGAUAAUGUACAAAGCCCUAGAAAUUCGGAGCCAGACGAGGGCACCGAUGGGGGUGAAGACCGUGAAGUGAGUGGUAAUAGUGGCGAUGGCGCUGGGAUUGGCAAUGUCAAUAGUAACGGGGAGGUUUCGAUUCGGAUAAUUGGGGAGCAGGACAGGAUGAGGGUUGUUAAUAAUGGGGAUAAUGAUGUCAGUGGGGUGGAGCUGGUGGUGGAGGAAUCUAUGGCGGGUGCUGAUGAUGUUAAUGGAAAUGCAAGCAGCAGUGGUAGUGACAGCAGUAAUAGCCGAGAAACCUCUCUUUUACAGAGGUAUGAUUUACGGAUGAUCGCCAGGUGGAUUGAGCAGAUUCUUCCAUUUUCUUUGCUUUUGUUGGUGGUGUUUAUCAGACAGCACUUGCAAGGGUUUGUUAUUGCUAUUUACAUCACUGCUGUCUUAUUCAAGUCCAACGACAUUCUUCGGAAGCAGACAGCUCUAAAGGGUGAAAGGAAGAUUUCUGUCCUUGUUGGUUAUGCAGCUGUCUUCAUGCUUCAUAUACUUGGUAUCUACUGGUGGAAUCUCAACGAUGAACUUUUGCGUCCAUUAAUCAUGCUUCCACCGAAAGUGACACCACCUUUCUGGCACGCAAUAUUCAUUAUCCUGGUAAACGAUACAAUGAUGCGUCAGGCGGCGAUGGUCUUGAAGUUGGUUCUGUUGAUGUGUUACAAGAAUGGGAAAGGACACAACUUCCGAAGACAGGGUCAAAUGUUGACUCUUGUCGAGUACACAUUGCUUCUAUACCGCUCGUUGUUACCAACAGCUGUAUGGUACAAAUUUUUCUUAAACAAAGAGUACGGAAGCCUCUUUUCAUCGCUGACAACAGGCUUGUAUUUAACUUUCAAGCUUACGUCUAUAGUCGAGAAGGUCCAAUCAUUUUUCGCAUCCUUGAAGGCAUUAUCAAAAAAGGAAGUGCAUUACGGGACUUAUGCAACAUCAGAGCAGGUUAAUGCAGCUGGCGAUCUAUGUGCCAUUUGUCAGGAAAAGAUACACUCCCCGAUUUUAUUGUGCUGCAAACAUAUAUUCUGUGAAGACUGUGUCUCCGAAUGGUUCGAGCGGGAGAGAACUUGCCCGUUGUGCCGGGCGCUGGUUAGACCACCUGACCUUCGAUCUUUCGGGGACGGGUCGACCAGCCUCUUCUUCCAGCUGUUUUACUCGCUUCCCAAAUUUAUUAUCUCUCAGCGGUGGCGGCGGGAGACGAGACGAGACGACUGCCAAGUUUCGAAGCCUCUGCAUCUCUACAGGUUUCAUGGCCGAUUCGGUGAAAUUGCGGUUGGCGGUGGGAGAUUUCUGGACAUUCCAUACUCGUUGAGAUCCGUAAGCAACUGCUUGAUCCAUUUUCGAUUUUUGGUGAGGGCUCAUCAGCUGCCCCAAAUGACUUCUGCUGUUUCGACGUCAAAAGGAUUACUUCCGCUGGCUGGAUUUGGGGUAUACGAGCCGAUGGGCAGGAAUUCGAGCCCUCUAGUUCAGCCGGAGCCUGAGUUCAGUGACAGUGAUGAAGCUAAGUUGUAUUCGGUGUCGUGGAAUCAGGAUUAUAGUUGCUUUGCUGCUGGCACAAACAACGGUUUUCGCAUUUAUAAUUGCAAUCCUUUUAAAGAAACAUUUAGGCGUAAUUUGAAAAAUGGAGGGUUCAAGAUUGUCGAGAUGUUGUUUAGGUGCAACAUAUUAGCACUUGUGGGUAGUAAAUCCAACAGCCAGUACCCUCCGAACAAAGUUAUUAUAUGGGACGAUCAUCAAAGCAGGUGUAUUGGCGAGUUUUCGUUUAGAUCUGAGGUUCGGGCUGUUAAACUGAGACGUGAUCGUGUUGUUAUUGUUCUAGAGCACAAGAUAUAUGUUUACAACUUUAUGGACCUGAGACUGUUACAUCAAAUAGAGACACUGACUAAUCAGCGUGGACUUUGUUGUCUGUCUCACCAUCUGAAUACAUCUGUCUUGGCCUGCCCUGGCCUACGACGAGGGCAGGUUCGAGUUGAGCACUUUGGCUUGAAUGUGACGAAACUGAUCAAUGUGCAUGAUUCGAAGAUUGCUUGCUUGACGUUGACUAUGGAUGGGCUUCUUCUUGCAACUGCCAGUGUGAGAGGCACCUUGAUAAGGAUUUUCAACACAAUGGAUGGGACUCGGUUACAAGAGGUACGUCGAGGAGUAGACAGAGCAGAUAUAUAUAGUAUCGCCCUUUCUCCAAAUGUUCAGUGGCUGGCUGUGUCUAGCGACAAAGGUACUGUCCACAUAUUUAGUCUCAGGGUGAGAGUAGUUGGCGAGGACAGCUCCACGGAUUCCACCGCUGCCAAAAGUCCGCAGCUCCUUCAUCAGAACUCGUCGAAUGCACUGGAUCCUCUAAUUUCUCCAAGCACUGGGGCCAAUCCUGGCUCAUCUUUUUCCUUCAUGAAAGGGGUUUUGCCUAAAUACUUCAGCUCAGAAUGGUCUUUUGCUCAGUUCCACUUGCCCGACACUACCCAGUUCAUCGCAGCAUUCGGUUCUCAGAACACAAUAGCCAUUGUUGGCAUGGACGGGAGUUUCUACAGGUGCAGCUACGAUCCUGUGAAUGGAGGCCCUAUGGUGCAGCAGGAAUAUAUUCGGUUUCUGAAAACCGAAACAAGACCCCGGUAAGGAUGCUGCAGCGGGUUUAUGGUGGUUUCUAUGGAGCCAAAUGGGGUACACUUUCUCGGCCGCCGAAAGAUCCUUAAAAUGUAUAUAUGGUUUCUAUUGUCCCUUCAUGUGAUAUUUGUCCCUCUCAUUUAAAUUGGAGCAAAACUGUGUAAAUGGCGAUUGAUUUCUUGACCUUCUCUCCCCAAUGUUAAAUAAAUCCCUUUGUUAUAUAUAUACAUAAUAUAUGUGUAUAUGAAUAAAGAUACACUACCGAUUUUUA